AUGGUUGGCCUAGGGCCGAGUGAUCAAGGACGUGAUUCCUUUGGUGUGUGUAUGGUGGCACGUGAAAUUACACCGAGUGCGGUCGGCCGUGAGAGCACCGCACUGAAUGUCGGUAAUGGCGUUGUUGGCGAUUCGCCAUAUGGUGUGGGCGGCCGUGAGGGCACCACACCUAAUGUCAGUAAUGAUAUUGUUGGCGAUACGCCGUAUAGAGUGGACGGCCGUGAGGGCACCACGCUUCACGCCGGUUAUGGCGUUGUUGGCGAUACGCCGUAUAGUGUGGGCGGCCGUAAGGGCACCACACCUAAUGUCAGUAAUGACACUGUUGGCGAUACGCCGUAUAGUGUGGACGGCCGUGAGGGCACCACACCUAAUGUCGGUCAAGACAAAAGCUCUCGUGUAGAGCGUCUCGAAGAGACAAUCGAGACGCCGAGUAGCAGCUGUAAAGCGCCAGGCGUCCUCACAGUCACAUAG